AUGGAUCACCGUGGUAAAGGCCGAGGCCGAAGUCGAGGUCGAGGUCGAGGGAGACGGGUUGAAGCCCUCCGUGAUCAAGGGGGCGAUAGAGCGUCUGAGGUGAACCAAAAUCAUGGACCCGAGGGCGGGGGCGGAGAUCAAAUGGCCACCGCUAUUAAUAGGAUAACUGAAGUACUAGAGCGUUUGGCGGACCGUCAAGGUCCUGGAUUAGCGCAACAACAACCUGGAGGGCAGGUAGAUACGGAAGAUAGGGCUUUGGAAAGGUUCCUGAAGUUUGGGCCGCCUAAGUUUCAAGGUGGGCCAGAGCCUGAGAUAGCUGAGGGAUGGUGGGAGAGAAUAUCUGAUAUUUUUACCACCCUGGAUUACACUGAAGGGCGAAAGGUGACCUUUGCGUCAUUUCAAUUUGAGGGAGUUGCACGGUCAUGGUGGAAUCUAAUUAAGGCUAAGUGGGAUAGAGACCGUACCCCUAGUACUUGGGCAAAUUUCACCCGUGAGUUUAACGCCAAAUUCCUUCCAACCCUAGUCCAAGAGAAAAAGGAAGAUGACUUUAUUAAGUGCAAACAAGGGGCCAUGAGUAUAGCAGAGUAUGAGACCAAUUUCACUAAAUUAGCUCGUUAUGCCCCUGACCUUGUAGCCACUGAGCAGAGACGCAUUAGGAGAUUUGUGCAAGGGCUCAAUGUAGAGAUUCAAGAGGGGCUAGCAACUGCUCAAAUUAGCACUUAUAGUGACGCCGUGGAGAAAGCUCAGAGGUUUGAGACGGCUAGAGCCCAAUCUAAGUCAUUCUUUGCUAGAAAAAGGAAUGCCCCUAGUGGUAGCAGGGACCCAGUUUCGGCAAGUGCCUCACCGCUUAAGAUGGGUAGAGGAACUGGGGUAGUGAACAUCCCUAGUGCUUUGAGAGGUGCUUUAGCAAGGGGAGCUGGAACUAGAGGCUCUGGGGCGAGAGGUUCUGGAAUAAGAGGAGGUCAAAGUGGAAGGGGACCCUCUAGGAGUGCUCCGCGCGUUGAACAAGUGUCAACCCCUCAGAUAACCUGUGGUUACUGUGAAAAAGUCAAUCAUACCGCAAAUGAGUGCUGGAGAAAGGAGGGCAAGUGCCUCAGGUGUGGAAGUGCUGAGCACCAAAUUGCUAAUUGUCCUAAGAUUUCCGAGAAUGGGGAAAGCCAAGGAGGUGCCACAAUUUCUAGGCAAACUACUUCUGGAGGGAGUCGGCCAAAGGUUCUGGCUAGGGUUUACGCCCUAGAUAGUCAACAUGUACCUGACCCUUCGGAGGUAGUCGAAGGUACACUUCCAAUCUUUCACCGAUUAACUAAGGUUUUAAUUGAUCCCGGUGCGACCCAUUCAUUUGUUAAUCCUGCUUUUAUGUGUGGAAUUGAUGUAAAACCUGUACGAUUACCCUAUGAUUUGGAGGUUAGGACUCCUACAAGUAACAAGAGCAUACUCACUAGCUUAGUUUAUCAGGAGUGUGAGGCAACUCUUAAGUUAGAUGUAAAGGGUAGAUUAGUUUCGUCUGCUUUGAUUUCAGGGAUUCGAACUAGGAAAAUGCUUUACAAGGGAGCCCAGAAUUUCUUAGCUUUCUUAAUUAACGCCCCUAGUGACCAAGUGAAAUUAGACGAUGUGCCAAUCGUGCGAGACUUUCCUGAUGUCUUCCCUGAAGAAUUAACAUCUUUACCACCUGAAAGGGAGAUAGAGUUUAAGAUUGACUUGGUACCAGGAGUAGUUCCAAUUUCUAAGACUCCUUAUAGAAUGGCUCCUGCGGAAUUGAAAGAACUAAAGAUCCAGUUACAGGACCUGCUAGAAAGAGGUUUUAUUAAGAAAAGUGACUCACCGUGGGGAGGUCCAGUUUUGUUUGUAAAGAAAAAGGAUGGAAGUUUGAGACUGUGCAUUGACUAUCGAGGUUUAAAUGAGAGAAUCUUUAAGAAAUAUCUAGACCAAUUUGUAGUGGUAUUCAUAGAUGACAUUCUAGUAUAUUCUAAGACCCGAGAGGAUCAUGCCAAGCACUUGGAGAUAGUUUUACAAGUGUUGAGAGAACAUAAACUUUACGCUAAGUUCAGUAAGUGCGAAUUUUGGCUGGAAGAAAUUUCUUUUUUGGGUCAUAGAAUCUCUAAGAAUGGAAUCGCUGUGGAUCCAACUAAAGUGGAGGCAGUUACUUUAUGGAAACAACCAGAGAAUCCAACUGAAAUUAGAAGUUUCUUGGGAUUGGUAGGUUAUUACCGUCGUUUUAUAAAAGAUUUCUCAAAAAUUGCUGGGCCAAUGACGGAGUUAACUAAGAAAAACCAUAAGUUCAUUUGGAGCCCAAAAUGUGAAACGAGUUUUCAAGAGUUGAAGAGGCGUUUGACUACGGUUCCAGUGUUAGCCUUACCUGAGGGAGUUGAUGGGUAUGUGGUGUAUUCUGAUGCUUCUAAAGAAGGGUUAGGCUGUGUUUUAAUGCAAAAGGAAAAAGUUGUAGCCUAUGCUUCUAGGAAAUUAAAACCCCAUGAGAUGAAUUACCCGACCCAUGACCUAAAGUUGGCUGCUGUUAUUUUUGCUUUGAAAAAGUAG